GUUUCAUGCACCAAAAUGGAUCCAUAUCCAAAUCGGAAAGCCCCAAACACUAUGCUCCUCAACUGCUUGCUUGUGUUCUUCGUGGCUCUCGUGUUUCUGACCCCGAUCUCUAUUGCCGACGAGCAGCCUGAGGUGGAUGGCCUUCCCCAGGGAUACUACAAGUCACCGCCCAAGUACAAGCCACCAAAAUACAAGCCACCGCCCAAGUACAAGCCCCCGAGCACUCUAGAGAACGAGCCUCAAACUCAGGUGGACGACGUUCCACAAGGAUACUACAAGCCUCCACCAAAGUACAAGCCACCGCCCAAGUACAAUCCACCGCCCAAAUACAAGCCACCGCCCAAGUACAAGCCACCAAGCGCGGUUGAGAAUGAGCCUGAAACUCAAGUAGACGACGUUCCACAGGGAUACUACAAGCCGCCACCGAAGUACAAGCCGCCUCCGAAGUACAAGCCGCCUCCAAAGUACAAGCCACCCACUGCCAAUUAGGUUAUGAUCACUGGAACCUCUAUGCAGAAAUAAGAGUACUCGUUACUCACGUGUAUUUCAUCUAAUUAUCAAGUACCGCUAUGUAGAUGCAUGCAUGAACGCAUGCUUCUAUUAUCUUCUUACUCUGUGCGUGUGAGCGCGCGUAAAGCUUGUUUAUGUUGUGUUCUCGCGGUCCUUUGAUCAGGUUUCACGUUUAAUAUAAUUCUGCCCUUGUUAAAGUAUAAA